CUAAUAAUGUACCGCAUUACGAGUCAAUACUUUUCUCUGAUUGCAGUAUAAGAGAUUAUUUCCAGACACUUAACAAGGGAUUUGGUGCUUGUCUAUUCAAUAUGCCUACGCUGAGAAAAGCUGUUUGCGGAAAUGGUAUAGUGGAGGAAUCAGAAGAAUGCGACUGUGGAACUAUGGAGGAAUGUAUGAAAUUGGAUCCUUGCUGUGAUCCGGCAACGUGCAAAUUAAUUAUGCAUGCGGAAUGUUCUGUGGGUCCUUGCUGCAAAAAUUGUAAACUCCUUUCCCCAGAUCAUUUAUGUCGAUCAUCUAGAGGUGAAUGUGAUAUUCCCGAAUUUUGCGAUGGUAAAAUAGGACAGUGCCCAGAAGAUUUGUUUAAAAGAAAUGGAGCUGUCUGCUCUUCCGGACUUGGAUAUUGUUUUGAAGGAUUAUGUCCUGUUUUAAGAAACCAGUGUCAAGACAUCUGGGGUGGAGAUUCUAAGUUUGCGAGUCGAUCUUGUUUCGAACGUCUCAACAUUUUGGGAACACCGAACGGUAACUGUGGGUUCGACGACAAAAGUGAAAUUCAAAAAUGUGCUAUAGAGAAUGUCUAUUGUGGGGCUCUACAAUGCAGCGAAGGUGAAAAGGCUCCAGUAUCUAGCGAAACUCUACCAAUCAACUUUGUAGUGUAUAAAAUGAAUGCUGAUGGAGCAAUUCAUGAAUGCAAAGCUUUGACACUCUCAUUGUUUGAUAAGAAGCAUGGGAUAAUAAAAGAAGGCACAAAAUGUGGAUAUAAAAAACUUUGCUUGAAUCACACUUGCACAAAAAUCAGAGACAUUGUACAUGGCAAAUGCCCUCAUGAAGACAUACAGAAUACAUGUUCAAGUCAUGGAGUUUGCACCAAUAAAAACACUUGUGUUUGUGAAGAGGGUUGGAAAGGGGAUGAUUGUGGCAUUGUUGAUGAGGAAUGGAAACUUGGAAAAGGAAGUGCUGGUUAUCAUGAUUCAUCAGAAGAUUCCAACAUCAGUCCACAUUUAGGAAACACAGAGUUGAAACUUAGUCCAAAACUGGCCUUUACUGUCCUGGUCUCCUCUGUGAUUGUAGGUUUGACGCUGGUGAUAAUUGUUCUGUUAUUCCUUUUUUACAGAAAUCCAGAGCCUCCAAAGAAGGUUAAAAAGUCAGAGCGUGGAAAAAGAGGCCAUUAAACAAGCCAAACAACAAAAUGGCUCAAUUCACAAAAAUGUCAUAUUUUUUUAUAUCACUUUAUAUAUUUAUAGAAAAUAAAGUUUUACAUAAUUUUUUUUAACUUA